GUUCAUUCAAUACAGGAUCGUAAGCUGUCUAGUGCGCCCUCUCUCCCUCUCUCACUUAGUCUCACACACAGUCUGACUUGCUAGCUGGCUUUCUACUGUGGUUCACCUUAUACAAGAAAUGCUAAGGAUGGUAGUAAAACAGAAAAUGCACCCAGGAAUGGUUUUAUUUGUGGUUUUGGUCUGUCAUCUCCUAGAAGAUAGCAGUGUGCAUGCCGGGAACUGUUGGCUGCAACAGGGCAGAAACGGCAAAUGCCAAGUCCUCUACAUGACCAAGUUGAGUAAGGAAGAAUGCUGCAGAAGUGGACGACUGGGAACUUCAUGGACUGAAGAAGAAGUCCCAAACAGUACCCUUUUUAGAUGGAUGAUCUUCAACGGUGGUGCACCAAACUGUAAACCAUGCAAAGUAACAUGUGAUAACGUGGAUUGUGGACCCGGAAAACGAUGCAAAAUGAACAAGAGGAACAAACCGAGAUGCGUCUGUGCUCCUGAUUGCUCCAAUAUGACUUUGGAGGGUUCCGUUUGCGGAUCUGAUGGGAAAACCUACAGAGACGAGUGCGCCCUCCUCAAAGCUCGGUGUAAGGGGCAUCUGGAUCUCGAAGUGCAGUACCAAGGAAAAUGCAAAAGAACCUGCAGGGACGUUUUGUGUCCCGGCAGCUUCACGUGCGUAGUGGAUCAGGCCAACAACGCCUACUGUGUGACCUGUAAUCGCAUCUGUCCCGAGCCCACGUCCCACGAGCAGUAUCUCUGCGGCAACGAUGGCAUGACGUAUGCUAGUGCCUGUCACCUUAGGAGGGCCACCUGCCUGCUCGGGAGAUCCAUUGGAGUGGCAUACGAAGGGAAGUGCAUCAAAGCCAAAUCUUGUGAAGGAAUCCGAUGCAGUAGUGGGAAGAAGUGUCUGUGGGACUCAAAACUGGGCAGAGGUCGCUGUGUACUUUGUGAUGAGUUUUGCCCUCCAAGCAGACCAGAUGAAGCUGUAUGUGCCAGUGACAAUACCACAUAUCCAAGCGAGUGUGCUAUGAAGCAAGCUGCCUGCUCACUAGGUGUCCCCUUGGAAGUCAAACAUUCUGGAUCGUGUAAUUGAAUCUGCAAAAAGCCAAAAUGAGCCAUUGAGUCUUCAGAACCCUGCAGUUAUGACUUCCUAGAUUAUGUAAAACUUAUUGCAUAACCACAGAUGCCAGAGAGUAUCACAGCCAAGUCAUAUAAAAUGCAAGGCAAUGUUGUGGCUUUACAGAGGGCUUUGAAAACAUGCACUGAGCUUCUGCGCUGUUGUGAUGCAUAUUUAUACAACAGCUCCCAUGUAUUCCCUCAUAUAGCCAUUAAUGAAGACCAAGAGGAAGAAGAAGAUGAAGAUGACCAGGACUACAGCUUUCCCAUAUCUUCAGUUGUGAUCUGGUAAACCUCCAUCACUGUUGGAACAGCCUUUGGGCAUGGAAUCCUGUCCAUACUGUACAUAAGUGUAUGCUAAUUUAUUUUUUUUUCUGAAAAGUAUACAUAUAGUUGGAUCUGGUAGACAUUUAUUUAUACACUGUCUUGUUUUAUAAUUUAUACAUAAAAUAUCCGGUUGACUGUAUACCCUAUUUUGAAGAAAUAUAUUCGUCAAAGGAAGAACAGUGUUAUUUAUUGUGAGUCACUCCAUGCCUGUAAAGUUAACUGUUUGGCAAACUGUAAAUUGCAUUCCUUUAUAGCUUAUAAAUAUGCACCAUUUUGUUUUUUGUAAGACAAAUAUCUCCUUCUAACAAACAUGCAUGUUGGUUUCUGUAUGUUUAUUUAUUGGAUUCUGUUACGCAGUGUUGUACAUAAAUGCUUCGGGUUUUUGUUUACAAGGUACAAGACAGACCAAAGGCGCUGUAGAAUUAAGUAUUAUGUGCAAUGCAGCAACUUUGAAGGGUCUGUGCUGCCCAUACAAAUAAUCAAUGGUGUUUCUAUUCUUUUUUUUUUUAAUUCUGAAUGUCAUUUCAAGACUCCUGAUUACUACUAGCAUAAAUAAUGUUCUGUUGCAUUUUUAGAAUGAGUAUUUAUCGCAAAUUCUAUGUGAUUAUUUUAGAAACUGCAUUACAACAAAACUGAAUGUUUUUGUAUACUGUACAUGUCUUCAAAAGCUGUUUGGGAGUCAGCGAAAUGCAGAUUACUAUGAGCUAUCUCUGAUAAAUAUAAAAAGCAACUGGCAUGUAAAUACUGUAAUUUCUAGUAAACCCCCUGAAGGUGUGGUUAUGCACAAUAUCUUUCCAAUUAGUCCUUGAGCACCAGUGGUAACAUUAUUCACUUGAAUGAGUUUCAAUUGCUGCAUAACUUAUGGUUAUGUCAAACUUUUCCAUUCAUUUCUUGCUUUUCAGAAUACUUUUUUGAUGCAAUUUUAUAUUUUCAAACAUGACAAGUUAAAUAUGAAUUCAUUUAAAUAUAUAGUUUUGUACUUUUUCUACCAUGUAAAUGUACAAUGUAUAUAAAAGUUAUAACAAGUAUUUGUAAAUAUAUGAUGAGGAGUGGAACAAUAAAAAGCCAGUGAAGUUUCCUUAAACACUGAGCACAAUGCA